AAUUUGUCAGCAAUGACAAUAAUAAACAUAGAAGCUGUUUGCGAAAGACGGCUUUCCUGCAUGUUGUUUGUUGUGUUUUCAAAAUUUACUUCCAAAUGGAACCUCUCUACUUAAAAGCAUGCCGAAUGUGCAUGUGCUAUAGACAUCUUAAACCAUUGGAUUCGGAAAUGGUACGAAAAAUAGGAUCCUGCUUCGGUAUAAUGAUCAACCUUGAGGAUAGAACGUUACCCCUCGGUAUCUGUCGAAAAUGUACAAAAAAAGUUAUCCAGGCCAAGAAAUAUCGCGAUUUCUAUCUGUCAGUGCAGACGAAGCUGUUUGUAAAACGCUCAAACUACUUUCUUCGUAUAGACCGACAACCAUUGGUUGAAGUUAUUUUGAGGCGGAAUGAAUCUCCACGAUACAUCUAUCCUUCGGGCCGGCGAGUACAAGACAGAAUGCGGGAGGAAAAGCGAACAAAAGCCCGACCAAGCUCGGAAAGCAAAACAGACCCUCAGAACAAUGCAUCUGGAAACAUUAAUGCUUCAGUGAAUAGAUUACAAUCUCCCAGCACUUCUUGUGCCAUUGCAACAAGCCAUUGUCGCCCAGAAGUAGAAUCGACUGCUGUUCCUCGUCAACGUACAACCUCAACUGAUGAAGUUCCUAACCAAAGCCAUUCGCCUUCCCCUGUACUUAAUUCAAAUACUCCGCCUCCCGCUGCUGUUACAUUAGAUGUAACCACACCUGAGGAGGUGACAAUGAACGGUUUGGACGAUCCAGCAGUUAAGGAGGACUUCGAAGCAACCGAAAACGAUAACAAUUCGGAAAAAGAAUCUUUUUCUAUUGAAAAAUUGGAAACAGAAUCAGACAUCCAAUCGCAAGAUGAUACGGAAAAUGUUGAUGAUUCGGCCACGUUUUAUGAGGAGCAGAAAAUCUAUGCCACCGAAGAGUUGGAGGAAGUACUUCAAGAUCAAAACAUGGAAGAUCCCGAGGAACAUAUGGAAGCAGAGUAUCUUAAUCAACACGAGCUUAGCGCUGGGGAUGGCUUAGAUUCGGAACACCAUCUGACACAGGAACAGUACGAUUCGACUGAAAUAGAAGUGCUAGAAGCAAGUGAAACAAUUGAAUCCGUCAUUCCCGGCAAUGAAAAUACUGGUUAUAAUGUUCAAGAUACACGGCGACGCAGGCGAAGUAAAAUCUCGGGUAGAGAACUUUACAAGUCGCUGCUGACUGAAUGCAACAUAUGCGGUAAAAUGAUUGAACGCAACCGCUUAGAGGGGCACAUCAAUCGACAUUCGGGACGUCGCCCGUAUGCGUGCCACAUAGAAGGAUGUUCUUCGCGGUUUCACUGUAAGCAUGCCUGCCGUUUGCACGUUCGCUGUCGCCAUGGAUCGGAAUCGUUCACAUGUACCGAAUGUGGAAAGGUAUACAAAGCGCGGCGCGAUUUACUGGGACACAUCAGAGAAACCCAUGUUGAGCCGAGAUUUCAAUGUGACGUUUGUGGGAAAAAAUUUACAACCAGGUCUCGACUGAAGCAGCAUAGCUUUUAUCACACAGGAGAGAGGAACUAUCCGUGCCGUGUGUGCGAGAUGCGCUUUUUCAGCAAUUUUCAGCUCAAAGUUCAUAUGAGAACACAUACAAAAUCUUUCCCAUACAAGUGUUCCGUUUGCAACAAGCGCUUUCGUUAUCGUCACAUGGCAAAAGAACACAUUGUAAAAGAUCAUGGGAUAGAUAUCUCGUUGCAAAAGGAUUGGGUCAUACAGUACCCUGAACCAGAUCCGGAGGAAGUGGAGGUGAUAAACGAAGAGGAAAACAUCAUUCAAUACAACAUUCAGCGUCUCGAGGAAACAGAAGAUGAAGAUAAUACGCUGGGGGAAGGUGCAGAUUCGGCCACCGUAUCUUUGAAAAUCGAUAAUACAGACGAAUACCAGAUUCCAACCAGCAUGAACAGUUCCGAAAGGACAGCUAAUAAGGAAGCAGGUAUGAUGCGUUAAGGAUAAAAUUUGAAAAACAAGUUAUUUAAAAAUAUUAUUGAUGUAAAACAUAAGUAUAAAAUUUUUAAAAUCAUAAAAACUUAUAUUUUUACAAAAUAUACAAUUAUAUUGUAUAGUAUAGUAUAGUAUAGUACAGGAAAGUAAAGAUGUAUCCCAAUUUUAAGUAUUGAUUUAAAAAAUUCAAACAAUUUAUAGUAAAAACAUCACUCACACCUAUAAUUCAUAGCAUCUCGAGUUUCUUGCAAGGUUGAGUGCUGAUGAUUCUAGAUGAACAAUGCUUCACUGUAUAUGAAUAAUGAGUCUAAUACUAUCACUUCGUGAUAUCACAAUCGAAAACUCUCAGGGCAUUUUGCUACCACCAAAAGUCUACGCCCAUCCAUCUUCUGCAAGUCAACUCAGAUCCUGGCAUACACUGAUGAUAUAGACAUCAUUGGUAUGCGGCUCUCCGAUGUACGAUGGGAUCGAGCAGGCGGCAGAGCACCUCAGAUUGCAGAUAAACGAGGCAAAGACCAAACUGAUGGUGGCAACAUCAGCGGCCCUACCAAUAACUAAUCCAACCCUACGUAGGCGUGACGUUCAGAUAGGUGAAUGCACUUUUGAAGUUGUCCCAGAAUUCACCCGUAUGUGUGGAAAGAUAAUGCAGGAGCCGCUAUAAAGAGGGGCCAUACGAGAUGUACGUCGAGCCCAUUGUCCUGCAGCGUAUCAAGCUUGCCAGGCGGCUGUGGGCAGGCCAUUUUGAACGCAUAUAAACGGACGACCCAGCCCGUAAAGUCUUUUUAGGCCGUCCACAAGGACAGAGGAAGCGUGGUAGGUCCAAACUGAGGUGGCAAGAUGGCGUGGAGGCGUCCAUUAAGGCCAGGAUAAUGGACUGGCAGACGAAGGCGCGAGACCGUGAGCGGUUUCGGACACUCCUGAGGCAGGCCAAGACCAAAGCGGUUAUAACGUCGGAUAAGUAAGUAAUAUCACUUAGAUAUAUAGUUUUAAAUUAAGCAAGAACUUCUCUUUUAACAACAUCACGUCAUUUUUAAUGUAACAGAACGUAAUUGAAAUUCUUCUUCUUCUUUGGCUCAACAACCGUUGUCGGUCAAGGCCUGCCUGUACCACUAAUGGGCUUUGGCUUUCAGUGACUAAUUGAUUUCCCCCCAUAGCAGGAUAGUCAAUCCUACGUAUGGCGGCACGGUCUAUUUGGGGAUCGAACCCAUGACGGGCAUGUUGUUAAGUCGUACGAGCUGACGACUCUACUACGAGACAGGCUCUAAUUGAAAUUAACUUGUCUUAAUUUCAUAAACGAUUAAUAUAAUUCAUAGACCAGGGAAUAUAAGGGAAGGCAGGUAAGGACGGACACGUUAAUGAAAAUGAUUAAAAUCUAGGGAUGUACAUAAGCAACUACCAUGGAAAUGUGCAUACUCUAUGUUACACUCAUGUUUUAUCAGAAAAUAUGUUGAUACUUGUAAGUUUUUAUCGAAUUUUAUGUUUUUUUUUUCAUGAAUUAAAAACAUGUUUUUUCGUACAGUUUUACAAUGUUCGGGUAAAACUGACACUUGAUAUGGGAUUAAUGGACACCAUGAAGGGUAAGAUCACUUGUACAAAACGUUGGAAAUUGAAAAGGUUUAUAAUAUUUUAACAUAUCGCAUUGCUUUCCACGUCUUGGUACAUACAUAAACCAAUUCUUAGCCAAUGACAACGACGGUUCAUUCAGCCGUGAAUUUAGGAAUUGUAAGCACCGCUUGCAACAUAUCGUAGAAUGCAGAAUCUACUACAAUAAAGUGUUUAUGUACCAUGUCAAGCAUCCAGAUUUUGUCCUUUGUGGCUUGUAGAUCAUCAAAAUACUCGUUACGCUUUUCACGAUCCUAUCAACUGUAUGUCCCAAUUUUUUUCAAAAAUAAAAUGUUUAAUAUUUGACCGCAUUUCCCGACCAAACCUGCACAUUAUUCUUCUCUUUGGCGUAAUGACCUACGUGGUCAUUUCGUCUUGUUCAGACUUCCAAGAUUUAGUCGUAUAUUCCUGCCUUGAUAUGGAGAGACGGUCCUGUUGUAAAUGGAUUCCGCUGCAAUGAAAUUUAACGCAGCUACUGCAAAAUCCAAACAUAACUGAAAACGAUUCAGUCGUAGUUGAAAACGAUUCAGACGUAAUUGAUUGCGAUCCAUUCUCAUGGAUUGUGAUUCAUAGCAACUGGAUGAAGAUUCAAAGGAAAGUGAGAACAGGAGAAAUUAUCUAAGUAUGUUUUGACUUGACUUCAAUGAAUGGUUUGAGGGGCUUCAAAACUGUGCACUUAGAGCAGAGUAGUAUUAGUGUAUAUUUAUCUUUACUGAACUGAUAAUAUAACUGAAAUUUAAAACCAUUCUUAAUCCAAUUUAGGCUGAUAAGUUAAUUUGAAAUACAAAUACUGGCAGAAACUAAAAUACGAAAUAGGAGUUUUUGGGAAAAAUAGAGAAUUUUUUCCCAUUUGAAGAUGUAAGCUAGUUUUACAGUUAAGUUUAUAAGUAUUAGUUAAGCUAUUUGUCUAGACUUGCGGAGGUCCGACAAUAGAUCCAAUUAAAUUAAAUUAAAUGAUGCUAACUAAAAUAUAUUAUUGCAUAACAUUCAUAAAUGCUUCAAAAUAAGUUUAUGAGCGGUGGGAGAGCGUGGCGUCAAAAUUCCCCCCAAAAAAUAAAACUCUCCACCAUUUGAAAA